GGCGACCAUAGAUGAGGUAGAAACAGAUGUUGUGGAAAUAGAAGUCAAGCUUGACAAGCUGGUAAAGCUAUGCAGCAAUAUGGUAGAUGCCGGGAAAGCGUACAUCAUCACCAACAAACAGUUUGUCGGUGGGGUCCGAGAUCUCUCCCAGCAGUGCAAGAAGGAUGAAAUGAUCUCGGAAUGCUUGGACAAAUUUGGAGACAGCUUGCAGGAAAUGGUCAACUAUCAUAUGAUCCUUUUUGACCAAGCUCAGAGGUCUGUCCGGCAACAGUUGAACAACUUUGUGAAGGAGGAUGUCCGGAAAUUCAAGGAGACCAAAAAACAGUUUGAUAAAGUUCGAGAAGACAUGGAGAUUGCCUUGGUCAAGAACGCCCAAGCCCCGCGGCACAAGCCGCACGAAGUAGAAGAGGCCACGGGCACGUUGACAAUCACCAGGAAAUGUUUCCGGCAUCUAGCCCUGGAUUAUGUCUUGCAGAUCAACGUUCUCCAGGCCAAGAAGAAAUUUGAAAUUCUGGAUGCCAUGCUCUCCUUUAUGCACGCCCAAUACACAUUUUUCCAGCAAGGUUACAGUCUCCUCCAUGAAUUGGAUCCUUAUAUGAAGAAACUGGCUACUGAGCUGGACCAGUUGGUGAUCGACUCGGCUGUGGAGAAGAGGGAAAUGGAGCAUAAACACGCUCUUAUUCAGCAACGGACUCUUUUACAG